AAAAGUUUUACAUUACAAUAAUGAAUACAAGUAGUCUUGGAGAGGAAACAACCACUUAUGAAAACAGAAUACAGAUGAAAGAUGGUUAUGAUUUACCAGUGUACGGAAUCGCCGAAGGUACCUUUUACAAACUUCAUGUACCAGCAAUGGCAUGCAUUUGUAUAAGUUUUAUAUGCGCAAUGUCAGUUAUUUUUUAUUCAUUCUAUCAUCAAAAUUGCUCUAAAUUUUUCGAAUGGUCAAAAAGUGAAAGAUUUGUGGUUUACAUGGCGCUCUGUGACGCUCUUUUUAAUGUGUCGCAUUUUAGUGACCAUCUUCACAUUGUUGUAACAAAAUCGUUCCCAACACCGAAAGGACUAUGCGCUUUCUAUGGAUUUAUGCUUGCUGAGUUUAUAACAGCUCAAAGUUUGAUGGUCAAUAUCGUUGCUAUCAAUGUUUUUGUCUUAAUUUACUUUCGAAAACAUUUGUAUUUUGGAAGAUGGGAUUAUCGGCUGUUGGUUUAUAUUUUUGGCGUCCCUGCAGUCGGUGGCAUCAUCGCUGGAACGUUGGACCAGUUUGGUCCAAGUGGAGCGUUGUAAAUAGAUAACAUUAUUAAUUGAUUAAACAGCUUUAUUUAGAUUGAAUA